AUGAACGCAAUAAACGUGAAUUGGUUGCAUUCUGUAGAAGGAGAAUCGUUAAUGCAUCACUUUUAUGUAAAUACGUCGAAGAAGAGGAGAUUUUACGGUAUUCUCGAAAGACCACCUUUACCAUCUUCGAUAGAAGAAGUUACAUACAAAAUUUUUAUGAUCGGUAGAUCUGGGGUAGGAAAAACGUCGGUCGUGGCACGUCUCGCUGGAACAUUAGAGUCCAGUAAUUAUGCGGAAACUAACGGGAUAAAAAAGACGAAUGUAUUUUGGCCAGUUAAGAUAUGGGACAAAGUUGUGUUGUUUAAAUUACAGUUUUGGGAUACUUCUGAAACAAGUAUUAAAAAAUACAAUCACAUAUUGCCUGCUUGCAAAGAUAAAGUUGAUGCUAUAUGUUCAGUAUUUUCUUUCGACGAUGCAACAGGUUUUAAUGAUGUUCCAUAUUUGAUGAAUACUAUGGCAGCUAUAAAAGAAAAGCCAGCAAAUAUAGUAAUAGGAACAAAAUUUAAACCAUGGUCCAGUUCUACCAUAGAAGAUGCAAGGAUAAAAGAGUUUGAGGAUAAAUGGAAAGUUAAAGUUAUCAGAGUUGAUAUAAAUAAGCUUUCUACAAGGUCUGAAGUAUUUGAUUGUUCUUAUCAGUUGAAUGCUAUAUGUAAUAUUCUAUGGAAUAGAGAUAAAGAAUUUAUAUCUAAACAAAUGGGACAAAGUUGA